AUGUCUAUAUCACUGCCCAUAGAAAAACGAAAUAACAUAAGCAAUCUAAUCGAUAGAUUCCGUUCUUUACAAAAAUGCACCAUUAGAGAAUUUUCUCAAUUAAUUGGAGUUCUAGUCUCUGCUUGCCCUGCGCUCAAGUAUGGUUGGCUCUACACAAAAAUAUUAGAAAGACAAAAAUAUUUAGCGUUAAAACUUCACAACAGUUACGAUAAACAAAUAAAAUUAACAGAAUCAAUAUUACCAGAAUUAGAAUGGUGGAGAAAAAAUAUUAUUUCAUCCACCAACACAUUGAGACCAGACGAAAAUUUCGUAAUGGAAAUUUUCUCUGAUGCUUCUAGAACAGGCUGGGGAGCAUUCUGUAAUGGUGCACGUGUAAACGGCUCUUGGACAGAUGAGGAAUAUUUGUUUCACAUUAAUUAUUUAGAACUCUUAGCUAUAUUUAUGAGCUUGAAGUGCUUUGCUCGCGAUAUGUCCCACUGUUCUAUACUGUUACGCGUAGAUAAUACAACAGCUAUCAGUUAUAUUAAUAGAAUGGGCGGCAUACAAUUCCCACAUUUAAACGAUCUGGCUAAAUCAAUUUGGUGUUGGUGCGAGGAACGUAACGUUUGGCUUUUCGCGUCGUAUAUUAAUACAAAGGAGAAUACUAUAGCAGAUGAAGAAUCAAGGAAACUAAAUUUAGACACGGAGUGGGAGUUAUCAGAUUGGGCAUUCCAAAAAAUAGUAAUAACUAUUGGAAACCCGGAAAUAGACCUCUUCGCCUCUCGCACCAACACUAAAUGUCAAAAGUAUAUAUCUUGGAAAAGGGACCCAGAGGCUUUUAUGGUAGAUGCCUUCACUAUUAACUGGGACUCAUACUUCUUCUAUGCUUUUCCACCUUUUUCUCUUAUACUCAAAUGUUUGAGAAAAAUCAUUAGAGAUUCGGCAACGGGCAUUCUGGUUUUUCCCUACUGGCCAGGACAAGCCUGGUUUCCACUUCUACAAGACCUAUUAGCAUCAGAAAUCAUUACAUUUAAACCUAGUAAGAAGCUUUUACUAUCACGUUUCAGACAGCUGCACCCUCUACAUCGCAGCCUUACCCUGGGGCCGCGAAGCUCUGCGGCUCGCCUUUAUCAAAAGAAACACACCGUCGGUCGCACUAGACAUUAUGGUUUCUUCGAUUGCGGAAAAUACUCUAAAACAAUAUAG